CCCAGAGAAACUCGGUGACCGGUAAAUCCAUGGGAGAGGAGAGGGAGGUAUGGAGCGCGUGCGCACGCUUGUCCGCGCGUGUUUGUUGCAACCAAUAGACAACUGAAGAAGAGAUAGUUGCUUCACAGACAGACUAAUGACACUCGCGGUGUAUUGUUCGCUUAAUCCGUUUCUCUACUGGAUCCCUGUAGCCUACCAGCUGGUCUGUAUCGUCAUCCCGGGAACAGUGGCGGUCACUGUGGAUGCUUUGACUGAGAUUUCGGAUAGACCACCUAUAGGCCUAUAGGCUCGUUUCAUUCCGUUGAAGAGGUCCGAAAAACGCAGCCAGCCAGAGACGACGGGGCAUGUUGCUACACAGCUAAUAUUGACACGAUAGACCGAGUGAAGGCGAAAGUGAGAUGUUGUUCACACACUGACACAGAAAACAACACAAGGAACUGUACUAUUUUACUAACGGCAUCUCGGAGUCUCAAGAGACAAGGUACCAGCGGCGGAUGUCAGGUGUUUCUGAGAUACAGUGUUAGUGUGAUGGACCACCAACAGUGUGAUGGAGGCCAAGUGUCAGAGAGCUGUGACUCACUCGGUAACGGGGACUCCUGGCCCCCACCUGCCAAACUGUCCCGCCUGGAGCGGAAUGGUGGCAUGGGCCCCCCAGGGCCAUACCAGGGCAGGACGAGACAGGGGAGCCCAGGGGCCAGAGCCCCCACCCUGGCCCCCAUACCCACGAUACCCGCACCACAACCUAAGAACUGGCAUAAGAGAGGGAGCCUGCUGCCUGUGCUAUGUGUGGUGGAACACAGAGAGAACCCAGUGGAGGCAGUGGAGGCUGAGAGGCGAGAGGAGCAUGCAGAGUUUGUACUGGUCAGGAGAGACCUGCUGUUUAACCAGCUAAUAGAGAUGGCUCUACUGGCCCUGGGCUACUCUCACAGCUCAGCAGCACAGGCAAAAGGUUUGAUCCAGGUGGGUAGGUGGAACCCCGUCCCUCUGUCCUGUGUGACUGAUGCUCCUGAUGCCACAGUGGCUGACAUGCUGCAGGACCUCUACCAUGUCACCACCCUCAAGAUCCAGCUCACCAGUUGUCCCAGGCUGGAGGAACUCCCUCCAGAACAGUGGAGUCACUCUACAGUGAGAAAUGCCCUGAAGGAGCUACUGAGAGAUAUGAACCAGAGCUCACUGGCCAAAGAGUGCCCUUUGUCCCAGAGUAUGAUCUCCUCCAUUGUAAACAGCACCUACUUUUCCCUGACACUGUUUUCACUGACUCCAUAUUGUUCUUCCUCCAUCCCUCUCUUCCUCACUUCAGAGAUUGAUAGCUUCUCUGACCAAUCCCAACCGGGCUCCACCCAUCUGACCUUUACCCAUCAACCAAUCCCAGGCAACACAGCCAAACAGGCUGACUCCUCGCCCCUCGUCUUCCCUCACGGUCGUGGCUGCCUGGCCCCAAGUCUCCGCCCCCCAGGGCUGGUGACCGCCCCCCUCAGCCCCCAUCUAGUCAACCCCCAACAGAUAGUCAUGGCCCAGUUCCUCAACCAGCAGUAUGCAGUUACCCGAAUGUUAUCCCAGCAGAGCCUGUCUGUAUCUGUCUCCACCUCCCCCCACCAGUUCCUCAACCACCCCUCUGUGGGGAGGCCUCCCACCUCCUUGGCCCUAGCUAAGGCCCUCGACCCCCAGCCCCAGGCUGGACCACCAGGACCUGGGUCUGGGUCCCAGAGCCAGGUGUGUGGACCAUCAGACAUCUACUGUGAGAUCUACCAGUGGGUGAGAGAGGAGCUGAAGAGAGCAGGCAUCUCCCAGGCUGUGUUCGCCCGCGUGGCCUUCAACAGGACCCAGGGCCUGCUGUCUGAGAUCCUGCGUAAAGAGGAGGAUCCGAAGAGUGCCUCUCAGUCUCUCCUGGUCAACCUGCGGUCCAUGCAGAGUUUCCUCCAGCUACCUGAGGGCGACCGCGACCGUAUCUACCAGGAGGAGAGGGAGAGGAGUCUGACCGUGUCGACCACUAUCACCCAUUCACCCAACAACACUACCCCACCAUGCCACACACAGACCAGAAAGGAGGAGGAGAACUUUGUCAAGGCUGAAGAUUGGCACUCCCGGGUUUCCAUAGGCAUCCCUAUAGCGAGGCUGUCCCCAGUAGAAGUAAUAAGCAGAGGGGUGAAGAGCGAGGGAUGUGUUCUAGACAGAGGGGUGAAGAGCGAGGGAUGUGUUCUAGACAGAGGGGUGAAGAGCGAGGGAUGUGUUCUAGACAUCAACAGUUCUAUCUAUGAGGAAAUCCAACAGGAGAUGAAGAGAGCCAAGGUGUCUCAGGCCAUGUUCGCCAAGAUGGCCGCAUCCAAGAGUCAGGGCUGGCUGUGUGAGCUGCUGCGCUGGAAGGAGGAUCCGUCCCCGGAGAACCGGACCCUGUGGGAGAACCUGUGUAUGAUCAGGCGCUUCCUGAGUCUGGCCCAGACGGAGCGAGAUGCCAUCUACGAACAGGAGAGCAACGCUCUGCAGCAACACUGUACAGACAGACUGAUACAGCAAGUCAACAACAACACACUGCUCCAACGCCACUCCCCAUUGCCACAGCAACACCAUCAACGACUCCUGACCCCUCGGUCCCAGCAGCCCUUUCAGCCCCAGGCGGGGCCUCGCCUGCCUCCACGACAACCGUCCACAGCAUCACAAGCCGAGAAUGAGGGGGGUGGGGACCAACUGAAGACCUGGUUGGGGGGUAGUAAGGUUGAUGGGAGGGUAGAGGACAUUACUGGUCUGGGCAAUAGGAGUAGGGCUGAGGGUAGUAGUGACAAGGAAGGGGGCGAGGGAGGUUGGUCGGGGGCCAGACAGAGUAACGGGGAGGGCAAUGGCGGGCGUAAUGGUGAGGGGGGUGAGGGGUUUCGGGUGUCCCGGGAGGCGCAGGGGAUCCUGCAGAGCUUCAUCCAGGACGUGGGUCUGAACCCAGACGAGGAGGCUGUCCACACCCUGUCAGCCCAGCUGGGCCUGCCAAAACACACCAUCCUCAGCUUCUUCCAUUGCCACCACCAUAGUUACACACACCAGAACCAUAGACAGGACUACAGUGAGAUCUACCACAACCAACUUCCCAGCCAGAACCACAGGGACCAGGACCUGCUCUUCUGUAUUGGAGCAGGCCCAACCCAGCCUGACAGAACUACAGGGGAGAAGGAAGAAGGAGGAGCCGUAGAUCCCACUGGACGGAUAGGUGGAGAGGAGGACAUGGAGGGGGAAGAGGUAAUAGAGUGGGAGGGGGGGAAAGAGUUGGAUGUGAGCACCCAGACUAACACCGUCGUCACCCUAAAGGAGGAGGAGCAACAUGACUCUAUCCAAUCACAGCCGGAGACAACCCAACCACAUGACUCUGAUGAAUAGCAUGGCCCCAACCACUAGUUGUCCCCUCUAACCCAAUGACUCAACUAGAUAUUUUCACUACGCUACUGCAAAAAAUAAUAUUCCCCAUUUCUGAAGAACUGUAGUAAUGAUGUGUCAUAAUAGGUGAUUCCCUUAUUUGUAAUGAAAUAUUGGAAUAAAGGACUAUGUAGUUACACAAGAUAUUUUAACUGUUGAGGAUCCCAUUUUAAACACAUGCCAACAAAUGCCUUGUAGUAUGCGUCACUACCCACCUGGUCCUAUGGCUAGAUCGUCCUCCCUGGAUUCUGAUGAUACUGAAAUGUGAAUAGUUUGUUUUGAUUUCUUUCUCUGUCACCAAACUCAACUAUGCUUUCUUAUAUCUUUCUGUCACAACGUCCACUUUUAGGUGUCUCUUUGACUGACUGUAAAAUCAAUUUUAUGGUCAACAAUCAACAUAUUUGAGUGGCUUCUUUCAAAUUGUGUAUGCAAAUUAUUUCACUCAUGCAAUUUAAUACUUCAGUUGGUCAACUGUAGAAGAAAAGGCUAAUAUGCAAAUAAUGUGUGUGUAUAACUGCCUUUGAUUUAACCUACCUUCUUUGUAAAAAUGUAUUUGUUUUAAAAUAGUUAAUUCAUUCGAUUUAUGAGCAACUUGAUCGAAGUGAUUGUUUUUAACAUCUUUAAUAAUUUAUCUGUUCAGAAAUGCAAUGAAUGUGGAUGUUAAUACAUUUUGUAUUUAUACCUGUGAUUUAUGAUUUGCUUCGUCACACAUUAAACACUUAUAAAAUGGA